AUGUCCGACACACCUCCCACAGCAGCUGCUGAAGGCAAAUCCUCAUCCCAAACAAAUCUCAUCGAUGUCCAACAUGUUGGUGUUACCGCAAAGCUGCAUUCACCUCUGCAGGAUCUGCUAUUAAAUUAUAGCUCCUCAACAGAAAAUGAGCAACGAGAAUCGAUUUAUCAGCCAACCAGAAAUACGACAACAAAAUAUAAUAAAUUUUCAAAUGAAUCGGCAGCCAAUGGAACCGCAUCCGAUUCUACACUAACAGAUCAAUCGAAAAUUCUCUAUGAAAUGAGAACGGAUUUGAAAUCCGGCAAGAAGAAUAAAAAAUCGACAAUGACUCCGACAAAAAUCGAAUUUCAAUUAUAUAAACAAAAGGCGAAGAAGAAGAAAACAAAAUCGGAGAAGACCAAGAGGAAACUUUUUGAAACAAAAGAGAAGAAAAACCAAAAAUCUUCCACGAUUUUCGAAAAUUUACGCCACUCCUUUGGACAAAUGAAAGCCAAACAGCAACCACAACAGCCUUCAGUGCCCACCGACAAAAUAUUCGACAAUUUAUCCAAUCUGAAUUUCCAACCAGAAAAAGAAGUUCGCAUUGGCAUCUAUCCCUUUGACCAUGGCAAUGCAGAAUAUUUACAAACCCAUGAUUGUCCACCGCACAUUCACUCCUUGGCCUUGGCCGAACGUACCAACGAUUUGGCCACAAAAUUUUGGGCGGAAUUUUUUGGUAGCCUUCAUAUUGGAGUUGCUUUUGUUGUUGCCUUUAUCCUACAAUGUUAUCGCUUCGUUUUAUAUUCCCUGGUGAAUACCCUGAUGGUGGGCCUACUCCACAUGACAGCGGAUUAUUUUUUGAAACCUCUGCUAACCGUGACCUUUAAUGGGUUCCUCCAACCCCCUAUGAUAUUUUUAUUUAAUUUUUUAUCAUCAUGGAGAGAUAUUUUGGAACCCAUUUCGGAUACUUUGAAUAAUUUUAUGAAACCUCUCGGCACAGUGGCGCGAAGUUUACGUUUGGUGCAUGUCACCUAUAAUAAGAAAAAUAUUACAAAGAAUGUUUAA